AUGGUUGUCCAGACAGGUCUCGACUACAUGCGGUCGCGCACCGUUAUUGACUGCGACACAAUGGACGAAGAAAUUGCCAAAACUCUGGGACCUUUCCAGGAUUGCACUUCCAACCAAGCCAUUGCCUUCGCCGAGCUCUCCAAACCAGCACGCGCCGAGGUGAUUUCCGCAUCUCUAGCUGAUGCGAAUACGCUGCAUGCAAAGUACUCAUCGAUCACCGUUGAAGAAUUAGCCGUCGAGAUUGCGGAGCAGACGCGGUACGCUACUCCUACUAUCCCUUCGCUGGCAGCUUUGUUUGAUGGCCCUUAUUUUCUGGCUAACAGGGACCAACCAAUACCCAUCAUGUGA